UUACCCUAUAAUUACAUUAAGAGACCCAAGGAUGGCUGGAAAUAAAAUAUUGCUUGGGGUGUAGCUAGCAACAGGUCCACACCUCACCAAAUCAAAAAGAAAAAUCAGAAGACAGCACCCUUCUAAUCUUGGAAAGGAAGGGUGUGCCAAACAGAAAGUAGAAAUGUCACUCAGUGAUACAGGAAGGGCGCAAAGGUGGGCUAUUAUUAUUAUUUUUAAAUAUAUAUAUAAUACAUAAAAAUCCAACAAGAUAUUUUUAAGAUACUUCAUUGGGGAUUUCUGAAAUUGUAGCACACAUAGACAUUGCUAGAUAUUUUAGUUUAAAAUAUCUUUACAGCAAAAAAAAAAUAAUACAGUAAGGCAUAUUCAAUAAAAUAAAAUUAUAUUCCAAAUGACCACCAGAUGGAGCGCACAACAAGAUUUCCGACAAAUAUUCUCACUGCAAAUUUCACUCAGCUGUGAUUAAUAGCCUAUUGAUUGACAUUUACAUGAAAUUAAAAAAGAUGAAAAAAUUCUGCAUUCAGCAAUAUAUGUAUAUAUAUAUAUGUGUGUGUGUGUGAUAGAAUUACACGAAUAAGUCCCCUACUCCUCUUAUAUCACAUGAAUAAAUUAAACUACACAUGUUAAUAACAAAAAAGGGUUUCUACAAAGUGUUAGUUUUGUGUUUAAUAGAUUAAAGGUCUACAGACUAAACAGAACGACACACACAGAGAACUACAAAGCCUCAAAUGUGCGUCUGCUGGCCACAUCCAUCAGGAUUGUUUGGACAAAACCAAGAGAAAUGGGGAGGGAGAAAGAUUCAGGAGAGGAGGGUCUUGGAAAAGGAUGGAUUUCUGGAGACCAGCGGGAGGAGGAGAGAUGGAAAGAGUGAGAGGGGAGGGCUGAUAACUACAUCUGGAACUUAUUUGGAACAAGAGAGGGAGGAAAAUAGCUGAGAGAAAACAUAGAAACCAAGGGAGAACCAGAAAUUAGUAAUCAGGGUUCAGGGAAUUAACAAGCAAACAAAUACUUUGAAGUUGUUUGUUGCAUAAAAAAUCUAAUAUAUUUUGGAACCUUAAGAGAAAACUGGGAGAGAAAUUAUAGGAGUCUGAAGGAAUUAAACAACAAAGAAAGAGAAGCUUAUGAAGAAUUCUCUAACCCACAAAACUGCGAGAACAAUAUCUCAAGCCUUUAUGGUUUUGUUGCAUCUUAUGAAGAGUCAUUAACAACCAGAAGAACUGGAGGAAUCACAUCUGCAAUGUGGAUCAUUUUGAUCUAUAAAUAAAUAAAGCAAGGUCUCAUGAACUUCAUCAAUACGAAACAAAAAGACAAUAAAGGAAGCUCUGGAUUCAGGACAACGUGAAAACUCAACUCUGUUCAUAGAAACUCUUCAUUUGCCUGUCCAUCACUUUUUCUGUCUCCAUCUAAAUCAAGAAUGUCUGUGUCACGAGGUUGCCUCUGCUGUGUGAAAUACCUCAUGUUCAUUUUCAACCUCAUCUUCUGGUUGGGAGGAUGUGGUUUAUUUGGUGUGGGGGUGUGGCUUGCCUUCACACAGUCAGAGUUUUCCUCUCUACCGCUGUCCUUCCCUUCACUCUCUGCGGCCAACCUGCUGCUUGUUGCUGGAGGCGUCACCAUGGUGACAGGGUUCCUCGGAUGCCUUGGUGCUCUGAAGGAGCAGAAGUGUCUCUUGAUGACGUUUUUCGUGACCCUUCUGUUUCUAGUCCUGAUAGAAGUGGCGCUGAUUUUGGUUUUGAGUGUGUAUCAUAAAGAGUUGGACAAGAAAGCCAAGGAUGACCUAAGAGAGGGAAUGAGAGGCUAUCUCACAAAUGAGGAGCUAAAAAAAUCCUGGGACAACAUGCAGAGAAUUUUCAAGUGCUGUGGUGUGAGCAACCACACUGACUGGCACAACAAAACAUCCAGUGGCAAACCUCCUGAAUCCUGCUGUAGAGAUAAUACUGAGGACUGCCAUCACUGGGAAGAGCCGUGUUAUGAGAAGGCCAAAGACUGGCUUCUGGCUAACAUCACCUCAGUGCUUGGGUUUGGAGUUUGCAUUGGAAUCGUUCAGAUUCUUGCUCUGGUGUUCUCCAUGCUGAUGUACUGCCAAAUCCUACGAGCAGAAAAGUACAUGGACUGACCCUAUCUUUGGCCCACUGUGCCAGGGGCACUUUAAAACACAAUUCUGAAUAUGUAAUAAAUGUUUAAAUGGACUUGCCUAUUAGAGAUACUGAACGUGAUAUAUGGAAGCAUAUGGGUAGCAUUAUUCAAUUUGGGAUGUAAUAUGCAAAAUGACUAUGCAAUAUGUAAAAUGGCAAUGCAUUUCUGUAUUUACACUUACAUUUUCCAAUACAUUUGUGGAACGUUUGGUGCAAAAUGAAAAUGAAAAUUAAAUUACAUAAGUUUAAUUUGCCAUUUCAUACACCAGUUUUAAUAUGUAAAAUGAAUAUUAAUUUUAACGCUUUAUAAGUUGUAAAAUUAAAAUGAAAAUGUAUUACAGAAAUGUCUAACAUGUUCAAGCAAAAACUGUGGCAAAAUGAUCAUUUAAAUGCUAUUUUUCUUAAAUGCAUUAACACUCACAGUCAAGACACUUACGAUUGCAUUUGCAUUCAAAGUCCCGCAAUGAAUGUAGCAAAAUUCAAUGAGCACAUUGAAAAUGCAUUCCGAGCCGAUCACAUCUCCGCCCCCUCCCGCCCUGUCAAUUGAAUGAAAAUGCAAUCGCAAGUGUCUUGACUGUAAGUGUUACUGCAUUUAAGAAAAAUAGCAUUUAAAAGAUCAUUUUGCCACAGUUUUUGCUUGAACAUGUUAGACAUAUCUAAUCAUUUCUGUAAUACAUUUUAAUUUUAAUUUUGCAACUUAUAAAGCGUUAAAAUUAAUAUUAAUUUUACAUAUUAAAACUGGUGUAUGAAAUGGCAAAUUAAACUUAUGUAAUUUAAUUUUCAUUGUCAUUUUGCACCAAACGUUGCACAAAUGUAUUGGAAAAUGUAAGUGUAAAUACAGAAAUGCAUUGCCAUUUUACAUAUUGCAUCGUCACUUUGCAUAUUACAUCCCAAAUUGAAUAAUGCUACCCAUAUGCUUCCAUAGUGAUAUGCAUGUGCACAUAAAUUAUGCAGUUCCACUUAGGAAGAGGCUCAGAUGAAUUCAGAGAAAUUCAUUUACCAGGUAAAUGCCUUAAUUAAUUUGUGCUUAAGAGACGAUGAUUAAAUGAAUAUAAAGUGAAUGUACUGUAUACAGCAGGUGGAAAAGUAAAUCCUAGUAUUAUUGCACUCUUUGUUGAAUACCCUUGCAAAGAACCUGUGGUCAACCAAAAAACCAAUUUUCUGUACUUCAUUAAUGUCUGUUAAGGACAUUACAACUAAAUAAGGAUGCAAUACAACAGUAGAUGAUUGGAAUCAUGUAUUUUGGUAUAAAAGUCAAAUUACAAGUAAAAAAAUAAAUACAUCAGCACAAAAACCAUAUAA